CCUUGCGUUGCUCGGCUGCUCUGCUGCUCUGCUCCAGUAUCUCCCCCCUCUCUCACAUGCUUGUCUCCCCCUUUCCAGCCUAUGUCCUCCUCCCCUCUGGGUUCCUGGCCGCUGCUGUUACUGGAGGAGAGUGAAUCUGCCGCUCGCUCCACUCUGCUGGAUAAUCACUGAUCUCCCAGACACGGAGGACGGAGGGAGGGAGGGAGACAGAGCUCGCGCUCUUCACACAACUGCUGCAUUCUUCAGUCCGUCUUCUUCCUCUGCUUCCCGGGGCUGCUGGAGACAGCAGGACAGAGCGGAGCGGAGCGGAGCCUGUGAAGGAAUCCUGGUCUCUCAGCAAACGUUUCCUCCCUCGAUUCUUGGGACGGAGUGAAAACAGGAGGGGGAGGGGGCGGGAGUGGGACUUUAGAGUGCUUUCUGCGGCACAGCUCCAGCGUCCCACCUUCCUCACCACAGGCAUAUGAGAGUCAUAGAUCUGUGACGGCCCAGGCGAGUCAGACGUGCAGAGAGUGGGACGGAGUGAAAAAGAUUUUUUUUAUUUUUAUAAAUAAAGAGAAAAUCAUUCAGUGACAACAAUGGCGUCAGUGGACGGAACUCCGCGUGUCUGUGGUCGCCUCAGGUCUGGGGAUCUACUUCAUGCUGGUCUGGCUCUUACCCUCCUGCUGGGGGUGUGGAGUGUGGGGGGCCUGGAGGUCUCCACAGGAAAAGUGUCUUCAGUGGAAGCCAUGAACGGCUCCACAGUCCUGCUGCCCUGCACCUACUCCUCCUGCAUCGGCAUCAAAAACCUCCACUUCAACUGGCAAUACAACGACAACGGAACCAUGAACAUGUUAUGUGGGGGAGACAUCCCCAUGGAGGGUGUGGAACCCAAGACCACAGUGUAUCAUGAGCGCGUGGAGUUCGUGGGCUCCUCAAAGACCAACAACAUCUCCAUCCUGCUGUGGAACAUCACCUUCGAAGAUCAAGGAGAAUAUACCUGUUUUGCCAGAAACCCCAAAGAGAAGAACCGCAACCACAGCGCCACCUUCACUCUAAUAGUAGUGGACCAAAUGAGGGAGAUUGACAACACCCUGACAGUGCUCAUCGUGUCAGUGCUGGGGGGGGUCAUCGGCCUGGUUAUCAUCAUAAUGGUGGUGAAGGCCUUGGGGGUUCGCCUCCUGCGGAACUGACGAAAAGACUAAAGAGUGCCUGGUGAGCUCCUCAGGGAACGACAACACAGAAAACGGACUCUCAGGAGCCAAAGCUGAAAACAAAGGGACACCAAAGGCAUAAGUGAAAUGUAAAGUAUGACUGUACGCCUGUGUAUAUAUAUAUAGUUGAAUAUGUGAGACAAAGCUGCAGCUCACAGAGGGCGCUGUUUAGCAGUUUUAUCUUACUAGUUGCUAAGUAUUAGAAUACGUCAGCGUCUCUUUUGAAUCAUGCUUGUUAUUUAGGAGGUUAAAUAUGUGCACAGGCCUGGACCACUCCCUCACCUGGAUGGCAGCCCAUUGGCUGGUUAGUGUCAGGUACAUCAGGAACAUAAGAUCAGAACAAGUCUUACAGCAGGACCAGCAUACAAAUAUAUUUGAGUUAUUAUUGAUUUAAAAAAAUUCACAGCUAAUGAUGAUAUUAAUAUUAUUACCUUAUUGUAUUAAAUUAAUAAUAAACACAACCACAACAAUAAUACUAAAAUACUACUAAUAUUAUUAUUAUUAUUAUUGUUGUUGUUGUUGUUGUUGUUGUUCAUCUACUGGUCCUGGUUCUGGUCCACAGUGAACAGAGGAAAAUCCCUGGUUUUCUGAGGUGACUGAAUGAUCCAGCUCUGCACUCUAGUUUUCCUUUUUUUCUUUUCUUUUUGCUAUAGAUGAAACACAGGUGCCUGUUCUGCUUCUGCUCCCUCUGCUGGUGGGAGGAUAAAACUGAGAAAAUGUAUUUAAAAAAUAACAACCACAGUAACCCUCAUCAGAGACGAUCCCCGACUCCCUGCGCUCUAUAUAGAAACAAAAGAGGAAUGAUCCCAAUCAUGCUGCUUCAAACUAAUAACUAAUAAUGCAUUUUAGCAUGUGCGCAUUUUAUAUCCCAUCCUAUAAACUAUUUGUUGUCUAUAGAACCACAGUACAGGAACGUUCUGCCGAUCUCCGUGUGGUCCCAUUUAACCCUUUACAUCAACAUCAAAGUGAGCGACACACAAUGUAAGAACAGCAGAAGAGUAGAGUAGAGGUGUACAGACAUAUAUAUAUAUAUAUAUAUAUAACAUGUAUAUGUAUAUAUUUAUGUAUUCAUACUGCGGCUGAACCCUAGGCCACGGCUUUGGGUUUUCUUUAGAACUGAGCGAGGGUUUGAGGAUUUGAUGGGAGUCGUUAGUUUUACAGGGAAAAAACACACACACACACACACACUGUGUCUAUAACCGCUGGUCAACAUGGGGUCAACAUGGGGUCAACAUAGGGUCAACAUGGGGGACGAUGGAUGAUUUUGUCCGGCGGUUUCUAACACACACACACACACACAUACUGAUAUGGUGGCAGAGUGCAGUCCACUGGCCUUUCGUAUGAUGACUCAGCACUUUACCAGUGUCGCAGUGGUCGUCACUGCGUCCAACUGUUCUGUUCACAUUCUGUUGGUGGUGUUCACCUGGACUUCUGACGACACCUUAGUGUCCAAACAGUUCUAGCAUCAAGCCGACACCGUGUCGUCCCCUGGGAACCGAUUUCCACCUGAAGAUGACGUGAGGCUAUUUUUCUAGUCCGUCUCCUCCGUUCACUGCAUUUGUCCACUGGCUUUCAAUGGCAGCAAUAAGACAGUUUUCAGAUUAUGCAAUAAACUGUACCAAGGCACUUUAUGGACGUGUCUGGACUGCGACCCUCGUCUGUCCACGGCACCGUUCAAAUGUAGCUACGCUGUACUAACGUGUCUGAGCUGGACCCCGGUCCACAGACCGACAUCAGUCUGGUUAGUCUGCGUCACAUCAGUCCUUACUCUGGGCAAAAGUUCCAGUGAGAACGUGUGGAACUGAACAAGAAGUUCCUGCUUCAUUUGUUAGACCAAAAAAAACCAAAACAAAACAAACAAGUACAGACAAAACAAAAGGUCAUUAAUGAGAAUGAAGUGAAAUGCAUCUUGGGUAAAAACACACCUUCAAUCAAAACAACAACUGCAGGGCAGUGAAGGAGAAAACGAUUUGUUCGGACGAAUUAGUUCCACUGGAAUUUUUGCUGAGUUUCACGGGAUUAGAACUGAUGUCGGUGGAACUGAAGGAGUGACUGUUGUUGUUAGUACUGUAGUAACGCUGUACAUGUGCAGUACUGGAGGUGACAUGGUUUCUCUGUUGUGUUGUAAAACCUGAUGUUGGAUGCACCGUCUCUCUCUCACACACACACACACACACACAGACACACACACACAGGUUUUUGUGUAUUGUGAGCACUUCCUAAUUCCUUAAUCCCAUGUUAGAAUCUGAUCUGACUGAAGUCCAAACUUUAAAAACCUCUACAGUCCAACCUCCUUCAGGUGGUUGGACCCCCACCGCUGAAGUAUUUUGUCUCCUCACAUGUACUGCAGUACUCCUAUACCAGGAAUACACAAAGUAACGCGCGCAAAUCCAAGUCUUCCUGUACAAAACAGUGGUAUGGAAUUAGCAGCGUGGCUAACCCUCCAGCUAACCCUAACCUUUCCGUCACACACUCCUGUCAUUUCCCCUCCAUUCAUAGAAUGUGGACAUUUGUUACCACUGACCCAAAACCACCGCUAAAAGUAGGUUCUCCUCAUUCUGCCGCCCUGCUGUCAUUGUGAAGGAAUUACAAGCCCAAAAGUCACAAACACACGAGGAAGACGCAUCUGUGUUGGACUUUAGUGAAGACAAGUUCAGGACGUCUGACGUCAUGUCGUUCAGCUCCUGCUUGUCCGAGAGCCGAGUCAGUACUCCGUAUAAAACCGCAGUACUUUUCAACAACACAACUUCACGCAGUGAAACAUGUGACAUGCCGGUCACACACGGGUCGACGUCCGUUAACCUUCACCGUCUAAGCAGUCGCUGCUCUGCAGUGCUUAUAUUACAUUAUAACACGGUUGCCACCUAGUGGCAAAAGCUUCACACGUCAUCUCUUACUGUCAGGCCGGUGGCAUCGAUUCAUUUCCAGCAGUGGCGGUGAAGUAUUGCAGCAGUUAUUACAACGGCAACUAGAAAAUGUACAAGAAAAUUAAACGGCCUAUAGAAUAGACAGGGGUCUCAAACUCCGGCUCAGGAGCUGCUUGUGGUCCACAAACCCCCACAUCUGGCCUGUGACGACAUGUCAAUCAUUUCAGCUUUGGCUCGGAGGUCAUUUUAAACAUAUAUUUUUUAUUAAAAACACUGCAGAAUUCUACAGUAUUUAAAUCAGACAAAAUACUUGUUUUAGUCGCCGUCCAGUGAGAUGACGGCGGCAGCAGUGACCCUCAGCUUGAGACCCCUGCCAUAAGAGACGUAUACGAUGAAAAACAAGUGUUUUGGUAAAUUUACAGCAAAGAAACAAACAGAGAGAAUGCUGGGAGUUCUGUGGACCAUGUUGGUUCCUUACUUAGUCGUGUUCUUACUGCCAGAGCAGAUGAAACUCAUACUGCCAGUCCAAGAGUCUCAUGUCUGCCGUCGUUACCACAACGUUCACACCAACACUACAGCCACCUGUGGAGAACUGCAGUACUGCAGUACUUCACAGGCUACUGAAGCCUAUUUGAUAUUACUUCCUGUAAGUUCCUGUAACUUCCUGUAGGUUUAACUCACACUGCCAACAGAGUCAACAGAGUCGGACGCCAAGUCCUUGCUUCCCACAUUCCGCAGAAUUUCAAGGAUAAAACCACUGAUAUGAAGAAGAAAAAAAAACCCCACAGCAAACAUGUUUGUAAAGUGUUAUCAACAGAUGCACAGCAAGGUAGCUAACAACAACAACAACAACAACGACGACGACGACAAUGUGGCCAAACUCUGAACCAAACACUGCCGUCAAUUAAACCUCCGAUGGUUGUAGGGAAGUGAACAGGCGGAAACAGACCGCGUUUCUCACCACAGUCGAUUUUCUACACAAAUCUGUCGAAUAUUAUAAAUAUUACCACACAGUACCUUAAACUAGCUAACUUACUACACACUAAAUAGAAACAUUCAGCUGUUUACAGACAAACACACACACACACACACAUACACUCCAGUGUUGUCCAAAUGUCUGGUUCCAUUUUGUUCAUGCUCCCUUCAUGACUAUGCACCUCAGCCUUUUGACUUGUUAAAAAAAACACAUCCUGGAAAUAAAAUUUUGAGUCA